UGUAAAUGGAGAUCAGAGGACAGCCUGUGCAAGUCUGUUCUCUUCCGCCAUGUGGUCCCCAGGGAUAGGAUCUAGGGCAUCAGGUUUGGAGCAAGAGCCUUACAUUUUCCCUCCUCCCCAAGUGUUUUGAGUCUUUUUACAUAUCGUUUGGACACUAAUUUUUCCAUAUCUAGCUGAAAAAAGCCAAGAAUCAGGUAGGAAAAGCAUUUAGCAAACAGGGAUAUUUGUGUGGUACAUCAUGUAAUGGGUUUUUUUUUUUUUUUUGAGGGGGGUGAUAAAAUGUUUUCAAAAUUAAGUUGCUGGUGUAGCUCAGUGAAAAAAACUAAAGAUCACUGAAUCAUAUAUUUUUUAAAGGGUAAAUAUUAAAGUAUGUGAGGUAUAUCUUAAUAAAACUAAUUAUUAAAAACCUGUCAAUUUGUACAUGUAUAUCUGUUGCAGUUACUGACUUUCCAGUCAUUUAAUGGGAAAUUGGGUGAACAAACAUAAACAAAUCAACAGAGAGCUCCUAGGUCUGGCUGUAUUUUAGGGGAUCUUGAUGGCCUAGAAGUUGUUAAAUGACGUACAUUAAGGUAAUAGCACUGAAAGAUUGACUGAGUAUUUUAUUCUCAUUCAAGAUAUAUCACAAAGUGAUUGUGAUAUCCUGGAAGGUGUAGGCUGAGCCCAGCAGUUUUGUACCAAUGGCUAGAAGCAGAUCGUCAUGGCAAGAGCCAAGAUACUGCAAAUACAACUUCAGAUGUUGCUAUUUUAACCAUGCACAGGCAGGAAUUCACUAAAAGGUGAAAAUUUUGAUCAGAGUCCUCUGAGAAGAACAUUCAAAUCCAAAGUUCUGGCCCACUAUCCUCAAAACAUAGAAUGGAACCCUUUUGAUCAAGAUGCAGUGAACAUGCUGUGCAUGCCCAAAGGGCUGUCUUUCAGAACACAAGCUGACAAUAAAGAGCCUCAGUUCCACUCAUUUAUAAUUACCCGGGAAGAUGGUUCUCGUACCUAUGGUUUUGUUCUCACUUUUUAUGAAGAAGUUACAAGUAAGCAAAUCUGUACAGCCAUGCAGACACUGUACCAGAUGCAUAACGCUGAGCAGUACAGCAGUGUGUACGCUUCAUCCUCUUGCAGUAUGGACUCACUGGCAAGUAGUAUUGAUGAGGGAGAUGCAACCUCUCUUUUGAAACUCCAGCGAUACAACUCUUAUGACAUCAACAGAGACACCUUGUAUGUUUCAAAAAGUAUCUGCUUGAUCACACCUCUGCCUUUCAUGCAAGCCUGCAAGAAAUUCCUCUUCCAACUUCACAAGGCAGUUACCUCACAGCAGCCACCACCCUUGCCGCUUGAGAGCUACAUCCACAAUAUUCUCUACGAGGUGCCCCUUCCGCCUCCUGGGAGGUCACUGAAAUUUUAUGGUGUUUAUGAACCUGUCAUCUGCCAGAGGCCUGGGCCCAAUGAACUCCCUCUUUCUGACUACCCUCUUCGAGAGGCCUGUGAGCUCCUGGGAUUAGAGAACCUAGUGCAAGUGUUCACCUGUGUUCUUUUAGAGAUGCAGACCCUUCUCUACUCACAAGAUUAUCAGCGCCUGAUGACAGUGGCAGAAGGCAUUACCACACUCUUGUUCCCUUUUCAAUGGCAGCAUGUUUAUGUACCCAUCCUCCCUGCCUCUCUGCUACAUUUUCUUGAUGCCCCUGUCCCUUAUCUGAUGGGUCUUCAGUCAAAAGAAGGAACUGACCGGUCUAAAUUAGAACUUCCUCAAGAGGCUAAUUUGUGCUUCGUGGAUAUUGACAACCAUUUUAUUGAGUUGCCUGAAGAAUUUCCACAGUUCCCCAAUAAAGUGGAUUUUAUCCAGGAGUUGUCUGAAGUUCUUCUCCAAUUUGGGAUUCCUCCUGAGGGCAGCCUACAUUGUAGUGAGAGUGCCACCAAACUGAAGAAUAUGGUUCUGAAAGAUUUGGCUAAUGACAAAAAGAAUGGAAAUGUCCCCAACAACAGCGUCAGCGUGUAUGAGCUACUGAAGGGCAGUGAGACCAUAGCCCGCCUCCAGGCUCUUGCCAAGAGGACUGGGGUGACCAUGGAAAAAAUUGACCUCCCAGCUUCUCUGAGUGAAAAAGAAAAGGAUUUAAAAUUGCAGUGUGAAGAGGCCGACUUGAGGGACUCCCAGCUCAAUGUACAGCUGCGAGAGGUCUUUGCCAACCGUUUUACACAGAUGUUUGCCGAUUACGAAGCAUUUGUGAUUCAGACUGCCCAGGACAUGGAGUCCUGGCUGACCAACCGGGAACAGAUGCAGAACUUUGACAAAGCUUCUUUUCUCUCUGACCAGCCUGAGCCUUACCUGCCAUUUCUUUCACGCUUCAUUGAAACACAGAUGUUUGCCACCUUUAUUGAUAAUAAGAUCAUGUCUCAAUGGGAAGAGAAAGACCCUCUGCUUCGGGUCUUUGAUUCUCGGAUUGAGAAGAUCAGAUUGUAUAAUGUAAGGGCACCCACCCUGCGGACAUCUAUAUAUCAGAAAUGCAGCAGUUUAAAAGAAGCAGCCCAGUCAAUUGAACAAAGAUUGAUGAAAAUGGAUCACACUGCAAUCCACCCACAUCUACUUGAUAUGAAAAUUGGUCAAGGCAAAUAUGAGCAAGGGUUCUUUCCAAAGUUACAGUCCGAUGUCUUGGCAACAGGACCAGCCAAUAACAAUCGCUGGGUGAGUCGAAGUGCCACAGCACAGCGCAGGAAAGAGCGCCUUCGCCAGAGCUCUGAACACAUUGGGCUGGACAGUGACUUACGGGAGAAAUAUAUGCAAGAGGCACGAAGUUUAGGAAAAAACCUGAGGCAACCAAAACUGUCAGAUCUCUCACCUGCUGUGAUUGCACAAACCAACUGGAAAUUUGUAGAAGGCUUAUUAAAAGAAUGCAGAAUGAAGACAAAACGCAUGUUGGUAGAGAAGAUGGGACAUGAAGCAGUGGAACUGGGCCAUGGAGAAGCAAACAUUACUGGCUUGGAAGAAAACACCUUGAUCGCCAGCCUGUGUGACCUACUGGAGAGGAUAUGGAGCCACGGCUUACUGGUCAAGCAGGGGAAGUCUGCCUUGUGGUCACAUUUGCUCCAGUUUCAGGAUAGAGAAGAGAAACAAGAGCACCUCACAGACUCUCCAGUUGCCCUUGGACCAGAAAGAAGAAAAUCUGACUCAGGAAUUAUGUUACCAACACUCAAAGUCUCUCUUAUUCAAGACAUGAGGCAUAUUCAGAACAUGACUGAGAUCAAGACUGACGUUGGACGGGCGCGGGCGUGGAUAAGGUUGUCCCUGGAAAAGAAGCUCUUGUCACAGCACCUCAAGCAGCUGCUCUCUAACCAGCCACUGACCAAGAAGCUUUAUAAGCGCUAUGCUUUUCUCCGUUGUGAAGAAGAAAGAGAACAGUUUCUUUACCAUCUGCUUUCCCUCAACGCUGUGGACUACUUCUGCUUUACCAGUGUGUUCACCACUAUCAUGAUUCCUUAUAGAUCAGUGAUCAUUCCAAUUAAAAAGCUGAGCAAUGCAAUCAUUACCUCGAACCCGUGGAUCUGUGUUUCAGGAGAGCUGGGAGACACCGGAGUAAUGCAGAUUCCAAAGAACUUGCUUGAGAUGACUUUUGAGUGCCAGAACCUGGGAAAGCUGACUACGGUUCAGAUUGGCCAUGAUAACUCCGGACUGUUAGCUAAAUGGCUAGUGGAUUGUGUCAUGGUCAGAAAUGAAAUCACAGGACAUACAUACAGAUUCCCUUGUGGGCGGUGGCUGGGGAAAGGCGUGGAUGACGGCAGCCUGGAGAGAAUUCUUAUUGGAGAAUUGAUGACAUCAGCUUCAGAUGAAGACCUGGGAAAGCAGUGUCGGACUCCACCACAGCAGAAAUCUCCCACAACAACCAGGAGACUGAGUAUCACCUCACUAACAGGAAAGCCUGCCAAACCCAAUGCUGGACAGAUCCAAGAAGGAAUUGGAGAAGCUGUGAACAAUAUUGUGAAGCAUUUUCACAAACCUGAGAAAGAGAGAGGAAGCCUCACAGUGCUGCUGUGUGGAGAAAAUGGCCUGGUUGCUGCACUUGAACAAGUUUUCCAUCAUGGGUUCAAAUCUACCCGCAUCUUUCACAAGAAUGUCUUCAUCUGGGACUUCGUAGAGAAAGCAGUGGCUUAUUUUGAAACCACUGACCAGAUUUUAGACAAUGAAGGUGAUGUGCUCAUUCAGAAACCAUCAAGCAAAACCUUCUGCCACUACGUGAAUGCUAUUAACACUGCACCCAGGAACAUUGGGAAGGACGGCAAAUUCCAGAUUCUAGUUUGCCUGGGUACAAGGGAUCACCUGCUUCCACAGUGGAUUCCAUUGCUAGCAGAAUGUCCUGCCAUCACCCGAAUGUAUGAAGAGAAUGCACUGCUUCGAGACCACAUGACUGUCAACUCCCUUAUCCGAAUUCUUCAGACCAUUCAGGAUUUCACUAUAGUCUUGGAAGGAUCACUAAUCAAAGGAGUGGAUGUGUAAAGCAGGCGGCAGAAACUCUUCAUCUACCCCUGGCUCCUGAAGCUUCCGUAACUAUGGGGACCUAUCUGGACCGGUCUGACCAUAGUGAGCACUGCCGGGGCAGUGCACUAGAAGCCCCAGUUUGAACAGUCUCCACUCUGCAGACAAGGCAAAGUGCUGUAUUGUAGUUCAUUUGAACCUGAAAUUUAGUAUAAAAUAGAGUAUUUUCAUGUGUUAGAAGUGUGUAAAUAUGCUAUCUUUAAGAAAUUAUAUUACUCUAAUAAGAUACUUUUCUUAGAUUGAAUAUCCCUGUGACUUAAAUAAGUAGUUUAAAAAUGUUGGGGGUGGGGAAAGUGGUGCUAGUCAGGAAGAAGCCAGUAAAUGUGUACAUAGUGCAACCCAGGCAGGCUUCUUUUUUCCCUCCAGGUCUCACAAAGGAACCAGAAUGCUUUGUCCUGAAGCAGCCAUCCCUCCUGGAGUCCCAUCCUGUGUGUGGUGAAUGUCUACAGCUUUACAGAGUGUAAGCAGUCCUCGUUGUACCUUUUAAGUUAUAAACCAUUUAAUACAUUUAAAUUAUGAGUAA